AUGCUUUAUUCUAUCACGACUGGCGCCCCCGGCCGCAGAUUGGAUCGGGCGCCGCCACCUGUUGUUCAACACAUGGACUGGAGGCCGAGCCUACCGAACAGAGGGUCCGAAUUUGCGAUCCAAGCUGCCUCAUUGUACCGGGUCACAUGCCAUAUUGGAAAAGAUAGCUAUGCAACGACUUUUUUACACGGCUAUGCGGAAGAGAUCCACUUGGGAGUCAUCGAUCGAUCGGUAUCUAAAUAUGUAGUCCUCAAAUUCCAGUCGAAUAUACCAUUCCAACAAAAAACAAGACCAAACUGA